AUGAAAGGGCGAGGCCGAGGCCGAGGCCGAUCCGCCAAGAACGAGCCCCGCGAAGGCGAUGGGCUGGCGGGGCCUCUGGCAAAACGCACCUUUUGCCCGUGGAUUAACAGCCAAAUCAUCCAAGCAUCCAAAGAGGAAAAUGGCAUUCAUCGCAUCCUGGGAGUGGUGGAGAAUUGCAUCCAGGACAUGAACCUGGUGAACCUCUCCACCUCCCUUCACCGCCUGGCAAAGCUGUCGGUGAACACUCCCCACAGCGACCAGAUGCUCCGCCAGUCUCCGGCGAUGAAGCAGCUGCUGGCGGGGAUAGCCAGGGCCUUUCAGAUGGUGGAGAAGGACUCUUCGCUGCCCCAGUCCCUGAGCAACGUGACCUGGUCCCUGGCGACGCUGCGCAUCGGGGACUUCCAGGUCUUGGAGCUGGCCGGGACUUUGGCGGUGGCCAACAUGAAGGACUUCAAGGCCUUCGAGUUGGCGUCGCUGCUGUGGUCCUUCGCCAAGCUGGGCGCCGCCGACACCAUGCCCCUGGUGGUGGGCCCGCUCUUUCGGGCGGCCACCAGCCGGCUCAUGGUGUGCGUGCCGGGCGCCGGGUUCCGGUCCCUGGCCACGGCGGCCUGGGCCUUCGCCACGGCGCGCCAGGCGAGCCAGCGGCUCUUCCGAGCCAUCGCCAAAGAGGUCCGCACCUGCCUGCCCACGGCCAAUAGCCAGGAGCUGGCAAACAUUGUGUGGGCCUAUGGCACGGUGGGCCACAGGGACGACCAGCUCUUCAAGAUGAUUGCCGAGGAGAGCGUGCCGCGGCUUGAGGAGUUCAAGACGCAGGACCUCUCCAACACCUUUUGGGGCUUCGCGAGCAACGACUUCUACCACGAGGCGUUCUUCCACAAGGCGCUGAUCCUUGCACAAGGCCUUCAGCUGCAACCGCAGCACGUGGCCAACAUCCUUUGGGCCGCAGCGCGACUGCAGCGGAAGCACCCUUCAGCCAGGCAGGCAGCCCUGCAGAUGAUCCCACAGUGCCUUGCCUUCCUCACCUACUUUAAGCCACAGGAGGUGGCGUCCACAGCGCAUGCAGUGGCCAAAAUCUUCUCCGUCGAGGCUGAUGGAUAUGAGCAAGGGCAGCCCCCCGGAAUCCCGUUGCAGAUCUCCAUGUUUUUCAGCGCCAUCACUCCGUGGUGCCAGGAACACAUCGGCUUAUUCUCUGACCAGUCCUUGGCCAACAUCGUGUCGUCCUUUGGCAUACUGCGCAUCAACUUGCACCCGACCUUCCUAGCUGUCGUGGAGCAGCAGGUGAUGGCGCGGUUGAAAGCCUUGGACCACGGCGCGCUGGUGGUCUUCUUCCGGGCAGCCGUCCAGUGCCCGCAGCUGGCACGCUUGAAGUCCCAGCUGGCGGCCAUCUUGGUGCAAGAGCUGCCCAACUUCAAGAGCAAGGAGGCUGAGGUCCUUGUCCUUCACGAGGUCAGUGAAGCUCGGCGUCGUGCACCAAGACACAGAGCCAAACGUGGACGAGCUCAUGAGGUGGUGCUUGGACGUGGCGCAGGGACAGGACCAGCAGGUGCCUCAGGCGCCUCAGGCGCCUGUGGUUCCGGAGGAGUUCAAGGCGCAAAUGGGCUUGCGAGGCCUCGACCUGCGCGAGGCUCAGAUGCGCCAAGAACUUCUGAGGCAGCUGCACGCAGCCCAGGCAGCCCAAGCGCAAGUACAGGCGCAGGCGCAGGCGCAGGCGCAGGCGCAGGCGCAGGCGCAAGCGCAAGCGCAAGCGCAGGCGCAAGCGCAAGCGCAGGCACAGGCGCAGGCGCAGGCGCAAGCGCAGGCCCGAGAGUGGUACGCUGCCGGCGCCGGCGCAGGCGCAGGUGA